AUGACCGGAAUGUUCCCCGGAGGCCACACAAAUCUUGCACGCCCUCUCUCCAGAUAUCAACGGGGCCUCGGGGGAGGAGAAGCCAUCUCUGGCGGCGUCCAUCGCCACGGCGGCAGCCACCGCCAUCUGCUUUUAAGGCGCCUCGAAAGGGCCUCGGCGGAGGAAAAGCCGUCAUUGGCGGCGUCCAUCGCCACGGCAGCUGCCACCGCCAUCUGCGGCGCAUGUGUCGCCGUCUCGCUCGCUACUGCCGCUCCCGCCCUCGCUGCUCCCUCGCCCAGCCAGGUGCGCCUGCCCCCCCUGUCCAACGACCCGGCGCGCUGUGAGCGCGCGUUUGUGGGCAACACGAUCGGGCAGGCGAACGGCGUGUCGGAUAAGGUGCUGGACCUGCGGCAGUGCGACUUCUCGGGCGACAAGGAGAACCUCAAGGGCAAGACGCUGUCGUCCGCUCUCAUGUCGGGCGCCAACUUCGACAACGCCGACCUCACUGAGACCGUCAUGAGCAAGGCUUAUGCUGUUGGGGCCAGCUUCAGGGGUGCGGACUUCAGCAACUCGGUGUUGGAUCGGGUGCUCUUCAACGAGGCAGAUUUGACGGGAGCGUCGUUCCGCAACGCGGUGCUGUCGGGGUCCACGUUCAACGACGCCAACCUCACCGAUACAAUCUUUGAGGACGCGCUGAUUGGCUACGUCGAUGUGCAGAAGCUCUGCCGUAACCAGACGCUCGGGGAGUUCACACGCCUCGAGCUCGGCUGCAAGUAG